UGACGCCCGCUGAUAGUGCUCGGGCUGAGACCGUGGCGUGGGUGGGAGACGCCUGACGGAGUGCGAACAGCUCUCCAGAGGGGUGGCCGGCGCAGGCACACCAUGUGAUGCAGAGGCACGGAUGAGGCGCUUUUUCGCGCGCUGGCCAUUAAGCGCAAAGAUGGGCGGGCGUCCCUGACUCUGUAUCACGUCGCCGCGCCGUCACCCGGCCGAGCACUCUGGCCGACGACGCAGCGUCGGGCACGCACGCAGGUCUCGCGGCUGCGCCAUGGCUCGCACUGCGGCCUUGCUCCUGCCCCGCCCUUGCGCCAUGGCUGUGCUUCUGCGCCGUGGGCUGUCUCCUCGCACGCUGGCUGGACGUCGGCAGUGGACGCAGCCGGAGCCGCGCCGAGCGCCCGUGCUCCCCUGGCGGCGCUGCUCCUGUGCCGAUAGGGCCUCUGCGCCCGCCGCUGCAUUGCUCAGCGCAUACCCCUGGAGAGUGCUGCAUCUCGCUUGCGCGCACAGUGCGGCCACCAGCGUACCGCGCGGCCAGGUGCAGGCGGCGAGCUCGUUCGUCGCAGCGCCCAAUCGUGGCUUGCGCACAGGAGCUUUUCACCACCAGAUGCGGCCCGCCGAGGCGGCCCUGGAUGCGCCACAGCGCCCUCGAGGAGGUCGGCGUCACGCCCACACGGAUCGGCGGCGAGGCUCGCGAUCGGCUGCUGCGGCAACGUCUUCGUCCAGCCGAGCCCGAGCAUCGGAUGAUACCGUCGAGCUCGACGGGCGCAAGAAGAGGAGCGACAUGCGCUGUGUGCGGUGUCUUGACGCCCUCGCGCUGCGGACUACCGCCGAGUUGCUAGGGGCCGCGUCUGCUCCUCGCCGGCGCAGCACAGCGGCAGUGCAGGCGCAGCGGCAGUGCGGGCUGCGAGAGCCGGCGCUCCUCUGCGUCGCUGCCGACCGUCUGCUGCGUGCUGCUGGCCGCCUUCGCCGUGCACCAGCGCAGAGGUGCGGGGCCGUCGAUGGCCAGCUUGAGUGUCUUGCGCGCGGAGCCGAGGACAUGGCGGAGCAGAGGCAGGCGGCGCGCGCUCGCCUCGCACGCGCCCGAUGCGGCGCGCCACGCAGGCACGACGGUGUCUAGGCACGGCGCGCCACAAGUGCUGGCGUCACCGCUUUGUGCCCCUCUCAAUGCCCAUUCGCUGCACCACUGCUGGCCUGCAGAGUGCCUAUUCUGGGCCUGCACUGCGCGCACAUGGG